AUGUUUGGAAAAGGAGAUAUCGAGAGUGGAGGAAGUACCCUUUACCCUACGUUGCUUGAGAGCCCUGAAUUAAGAUGGCCCUUCAUACUUAAGGUAUACUCCAUCCUCACCUUUCAGUUGCUUCUCACCAUUGCCGUUGCCUCAGUAGUUGUUUUCGUUCACCCCGUUGCUAAUUUCUUCGUCAACUCCAAACUAGGCUAUGCUCUUUACAUUGUCCUUCUCUUUGUUCCAUUCAUAACAUCAUGUCCACUAUAUGCUUAUCAUCACAAGCACCCUCUCAAUUAUUUCCUCCUCCUAAUUUUCACCGUCGCUCUAGCUUCAUCAAUUGGAUUGACUUGGGCCUUUUUUAGUGGGAAAGCAAUUCUAGUAUCUGUUAUAUCAACUAUUGCAGUUGUGUUCAGCUUGACUCUUUACACAUAUUGGGCCGCAAAAAGAGGUCAUGAUUUCGGCUCUUUAGACCGAUUCUUGUUGGGAGCUUUGUUGGUUCUUAUUCUCUUUGCUCUGAUUCUGGUUUUAUUUCCAUUGGAUAAGUUGUCACAUUUGAUCUAUGGGUGUCUUGGAGCUAUUAUAUUUUAUGGCUACAUUUUCAUUGACACGGACAACCUUAACAAGAGGUUCUCAAAUGAUGAGUACAUUUUGGCUUCGAUUUCCUUAUACUUAGAUGUGAUAGUGAUUGGAAUUUUUGAUGGACCUGGAACAUAUGGUUUAGUGAUAGUGAUCGAUAACGACGCAAGGAGAUACAAUGGAAAUUCAACCGGUUCAGAGUUUUCUCAAAUGAUGCAGGUUGGUAGUGGAUUUUUUGCGGAAUCAAAACCUGUCCUUUGA